AUGGCGAUAUCAUGGGGGACGAUCAAGUCCCUAGUCAUCUUCUUCGGGCCCAUGCUCGUACCUAAAGCAAUAACCUGGUUCAACUCUGCGCGCGCCGCCCAGCGCAACCCGAAGCAGCCCAUCCGGCCCCUGCCCACGCGCACACUCGUCGCAGUCAUCCUCCUCGCCGCGGCCGCGGCCGUCUUCGCCAUCAGCACGCUCCCGAUCCUGGCGCCCGAGAACGUCUUCGCCGUGACGCGCUCGAACCCGACCUCGUCCAACAACCUGAUCCUCUCGCGCCUGGCGGCGCUGCGGGCCCUGACGCCGCGGGACAACGUCCUGCACGACAAGUUCGAGUCGCGGGCCUCCAAGCUGCUCUACUACAAGUACGGCCCGGACGUGCUCCUGGGCUGCCCCUUCUGCAACUCCAACGAGCCCACCACCUACCUGCUGUACGCCGCCCCGGCCGUGGCCGCCGCGCACCUGCUCAACGCCCUGCUCCUCGGCGCCGCGACCUCGGCGGUGCUGACGGGCAAGGCGGGCGCCCAGUGGCGGUCGCUGGCCUCGUACGCGGCGGUCGGCGCCGCCGCCCUGGACGCCUACCUCCUCGCGAGCUGGGACCACGUGGCGGGCAACGAGAAGGCGCGCGUGCUGGGCGAGGUGACCUUCUUCUACUGGCGCGCGCGCGCCCUGCGGUACCUGGGGCUGGCGGCGCUGGACCUGCUCGUCGCCGGCGCCCUGUACCUGAGCGGCACGCACCGCAUGUUCCCGGUGGCGCAGACGGUGUCGGAGCGCGUCGACGCCGUCACGGCCGGGCUGGCCAAGACGCGCAACCAGCUGCACGCCGCCGGGGUCAUCAAGAACACCACCACUAGGGAUGGGGAGCUCAGGGCCGCCGAGGCGAGGUAUUGGGCGCAUGAGGUCAUCAUCAUGUCUGAGGCUAUGGAGAGCGAGGAGGUCGUGGGGAGCAUGAAGGACGCUGUGGAGAACAGGCGUAUCGACCUUGACAACAUAGGGCAGGUUGCUGACACUUAUGCUCGAGACGUUCUCCAGCAGGCCAUGGCCUAA